AUGCUUCGUCUACUCCUGCGGCUCCGGCCGAGCGCCGGGCUCCCCUGUCCCCGUGCCCUCGCGGGCCCUGCGGCGCUCGGCUCCCGCUCCGGAGCCGGGACAGCCCGCCUGAGGCGGCUCCACUGCGGGGCAGCGGCCCGGGCUGCCCGCUCCGGCCACAGCAGCCUCGUCCUCAGCCACAGAGCGACUCUCCUGCACUGUCCCCGGCCUGCCGGCAGCUGUCAGGCCAAGCGUCUGUACAGCCUGCCGCCCCACAGCAAGGUGGAGCUGCCUGCAUUGUCCCCCACCAUGCAGACAGGUACAAUCGCUCGCUGGGAGAAGAAGGAGGGAGAAAAAAUCAACGAGGGUGACCUCAUAGCGGAGGUGGAAACUGACAAGGCCACAGUAGGUUUUGAGAUGCUGGAAGAGUGCUAUCUGGCCAAGAUCCUGGUUCCUGAAGGGACCAGGGAUGUCAAUGUAGGAGCAGUAAUCUGCAUUACAGUUGACAAUCCUGACCUCAUCCCAGCCUUUAAGGAUGUGACGCUGGACUCGCUGAAAGCAGCCGGUGCUGCUCCUUCAUCAGCAGCCUCCGCUCCUCCUCCUCCUCCUCCCCCUCCCGCUUCCUCUGCUCCCCCUGCAGCCCCAGGCAGCUCUUACCCCACACACCUGAAGAUUCUGCUUCCUGCCCUCUCCCCCACCAUGACGAUGGGCACAGUGCAGCGCUGGGAGAAGAAGGUUGGAGAGAAGCUGAGUGAAGGAGAUUUGCUGGCUGAGAUUGAGACUGACAAGGCAACCAUCGGGUUUGAGGUGCAGGAGGAGGGAUACCUGGCCAAAAUCAUGAUACAAGAGGGCACCCGCGACGUCCCGCUGGGAACGCCACUCUGCAUCAUCGUAGAGAAGGAGAGCGACAUCGCUGCCUUCAGUGAUUAUGUAGAGACUGGAGUGGCAGAAGUCAGCACACCUCCUCCAGCCCCUGCGCCGGCUGCAGUGCCCACCCCUGCCGCUGCUGCCACCCCCUCUCCUGCUCCUGCAGCCCAGGCAGGACCCAGGAAAGGACGAGUGUUUGCCAGCCCCCUCGCUAAGAAACUGGCUGCUGAGAAAGGAAUUGACCUGGCUCAGGUCAGCGGUUCUGGCCCUGAUGGACGCAUCACCAGGAAAGACAUUGAGAGCUUCGUCCCACCCAAGGUUGCUCCUGCUGUAGCUGCUGCUCCUAUUCCAGCUGCAGCUCCAGCUGCUCCUGCACCUGCCGCUGCACCAGCAGGGACCUUCACUGACAUCCCCAUCAGCAACAUCCGCAAGGUUAUUGCUCAGAGGUUGAUGCAGUCCAAACAAACCAUCCCACACUACUAUCUGUCUAUAGACGUCAACAUGGACCAAGUUCUGGAGCUCAGGAAGGAACUCAACGCUGAAGUUAAAGCCCAGAAUAUCAAGCUUAGUGUGAACGACUUCAUCAUCAAAGCCAGCGCUCUGGCCUGUCUCAAAGUUCCUGAGGCCAACUCCUCCUGGAUGGACACGGUCAUCCGCCAGAACCAUGUGGUGGAUGUGAGUGUAGCAGUGAGCACAGCUAGCGGUCUGAUCACGCCCAUAGUGUUCAACGCCCACACCAAAGGACUGGCUGCCAUCAGCACCGAUGUGUCGGCUCUGGCUGCCAAGGCAAGAGACGGCAAACUGCAGCCACACGAGUUCCAGGGAGGUACAUUCACCAUCUCUAAUUUGGGGAUGUUUGGCAUCAAGAACUUCUCAGCGAUAAUCAACCCUCCUCAGGCCUGCAUCCUUGCCGUCGGAGGCUCCGAGAAACGGCUGCUGCCUGCCGAUAAUGAAAAAGGGUUUGAUGUAGCCAGCGUGAUGUCGGUGACGCUGAGCUGUGACCACCGGGUGGUGGACGGCGCGGUCGGCGCACAGUGGCUCGCAGAGUUCCGCAAGUUCCUGGAGAAACCUGUCACCAUGCUGUUGUGAUUGGACUGUACUGUCACUUAAACCGCCGUGAGAGGCUGAGACCUGUCACCGAAUUGAUCUGAUUGGUGUAAACUAGUCGUGGUCCUCCUGUGAUUGGCAAGCCUACCACCAGGUCACUCCCAGUCUCCCUGAAAGGGAAGAGGCAGAACUCACUCCGACUCCACUUACCUCUCUGUCUUGCUGUCUCUCCUGUCUGUCUUUCUCUCUUUUCCUCUCUCUCACUCAUACUCUAUUUAUUGAGGCCCCAAGUCUCAUCGGAGACAAGAAUUAGGUAUCAUUUAGCGUAGUGUAGAGACUGGCCAUAUGUCACUAAAACAUUGGAAAUGUUUUAAUGAAGGGAAGUGUUACAGGUCUAACCAGUGGGCUUAUAUUUAUGCAGAAGUUGAUAUGUGUGUGUGUGUGUGUGUGUGUGUCAACACAGUUAACCUGUGAUUUUGAGUGAAUGUGAUAAAGACUACAAGAAGAGCAGCUAUGUCUUAGUUCAAUAGUCUUUUCAACGGAGGGUUCUGGGUUGCCUUGUCUGCUGGCUGAUGAAAGAAAGUGGAGGUUGUAGGCAAGAAGAUAGAGAUAAAUGUAAGUUAACACAGAAACAGAACUCAGCACUUAAGACACAAAACACACACACACAGAGAACUGUUUAUUGGUCAGGAAUACACAACUUUGCUGUCUAAAUUUGUUAUAAUGUAAACAUUUGGUGUGGUUUCUCUUCUGUGGGUUAAUUAUACACUGUAUAUUCUCCACUGGUGUAGGAUGAAUACAGUGCUAUUUAUGUUGUGGCUGCAUGGGACAAUCAAGAUUGUUGUAAGCAGCUACAGCAUUUGGUUGAAAUAACCUAGCUUCAGUAAGGCUUUGCCAUAUUUUUUAAUAUCUGACCAGUCCCUGCUCAUUUAAGAACACUCUUUACAGGAAGCACUUAACGGUUUUGCCAAUUCUCUCUUCAAUGGGAAUGUUUAUUUUCUCAACUCUGGACAGCUUUAACAUUUAUUCACUCUUCAUUCUGUAUUUGAAACGCACAAAGUUGGUGCUGGAUGUAUUAUUGUCGUUUGAAUAAAUUGGGAGAGGUCAACCUUGUGAUAUAGGCUAUUUGGUUUGGGUUUUUAUAUGCACGUUUAUUGCAAAACCCAAAUUAAAGCAUUAUGGAUCACUUGACUAAAAAUGUGGUUGCAAAAAAACAUUGUAAAACUGGAAGAAUAUAAAACUGGGGACAAGGAG